AUUUUUCAUAUUCUACUAAUUAAUAAAUUGUCUUGUAUUUCAAAAAGGUUAAGCAUGAGUAGUUUAAUACAUAAACCAAAGAGAAUUCAAAUAAAUUAUCAACGAAAUUGUUUAGGAUGUCGAAAACUAAAAUUAAUAUUAGCCUCAAAAUAAUAAAAUGACUAUUUCAUAAAUUCAUGUUUAGGUAACAAAACUAACCCACAAGGUUGGUAUCUAAUAUUAAAUCAAACAUUUAAGUAGUUGAUAAUAGGAAAACAAAUAUUUAUAUGCUUGGUGCCAAUAAGAUUAUUCACUCUGUUUUAAAAAAAAUAAAUUUGCUAAUCAGACCAAUAAUACAAAAUCUCACUUUGAUAUCUGGAUUAUGGGAUAAGAAUUUCAAUCGAUAAAAGUAGAAACAAUUAUAG